AUGGUAUCAGAGCCACGUCCAGGCAGUUAUGCCGCCGCGGUCAUCGGCUCCGGUGAGCCUAGCCAAGGAGUCCGGCCGGCAAUGUCGAUCAACCAGUCUCCAGAACAAGCACCAUUCACAGCUAAUCCCGUUCCGCAGAGGAACAACAGCGUCGAAGACAUCGAAAAUCCACUUUAUCUCAACGUAAAUGAGAAUCCGAGUGCGAUCUUAGUCAGUCCGCCCUUGUCUGGUAGUGCCAAUUACGCAUCAUGGAGCAUCUCAAUGCAGGUGGCCCUUGAAGUUAAGAACAAAUGGAGCAUAGUCGAUGGAAGUUUGACGCCGCCGGAGAGAACACAUGUCCAGUACACUCCUUGGAGGAGAUGCAAUUUGAUUGUUUGUUCGUGGAUUCUCAGGUCCAUCAUCCCGUCAAUCGCACAAAGUGUGAUGCAUAUGGACAAAGCCAAAGACAUCUGGAACGAUCUGCGCAGGCGAUUCUCCCAGCGUGACGCACAUCGUAUCUCUUUUAUGCAAAACGAUAUCUAUAAUCUGAGGCAGGGCACUAUGUCUGUUAAUGACUACUAUACUAAGUGCCGGACCCUUUGGGAGGAGAUGAAUUCUCUGAGGCCCCUUCCAGUUUGUAAAUGUGAGCCGCAUUGCACAUGUGAUCUGCUCGACGAGAUCAGAAAAGAUCGAGAGAUCGAUCAAAUAAUUCGAUUUAUCCAGGGACUAAGUGACGACUAUAAUUCACUGAAGUCCGGAGUUCUCGUGCUUGAUCCGUUACCUGAGAUGCAUAAGGUGUUCGUCAUGGCUGAAAAGUUAGAGAGACAGUUAGCCAUCACAAACCUAAGCAUCGCCAAUCUAGAAGUCACUCAUGCUAAUGCUGUUCAAAUCGGACAGAAUGAUAGAGAAGAAAUUGCUGCUGCCUUCAACUAUUCUAAUGGAAAAAGGGUGAUGAACACGGGAGGGAGCAACAAGAACACUGCUAAGUCCACAAGCUCUGAGAAUAACCUUACUCCUGAGAAAAUUCGAAGCCUACUGUCUCUUCUUCAUAAUCAAACGGGGCAGAACCAUCCCUCUACCACAGCUGCAGUUUCCCUUGUUCCAAGAUUCAACCAAGAAAAUUCUAGCAAUGAAGGCAAGUAUACUAAUCUUAUGAAUGCUAAUUCCAUUACCUUAACUGCAUCCACUUGGAUAAUAGAUUCUGGCGCGACUAAUCACAUAGUGUGUUCCCUUGAAUUCUUUGAUGAGUAUCACACUAUGAAAGGAGCAUUGGUAAACAUGCCCAAUGGAGAAUGUGCCACUAUUGAACAUAUUGGCACCAUACGGCUCAAUGAUGGUCUUUGCUUGGAGGAUGCUUUACAUAUUCCAUUGUUCAAAUUUAACAUAAUAUCUGUAAAUAAGCUUCUUCAAAACUCUCCUCACUCUUUGGUGUUUACCUAUGGCCAGUGUCUUCUUCGCGAGGACCAUGGGAGGACGAUUGGCUUUGCUAAAGAAACAAAAGGGAUGUACCUGCUGAAUGAUCCCCCAAGAAUCAAGACUAAUGUUUGUAGGUAA